AUGAAACCAACUACAUCUAAGCCUCGGACAAGACUACAUGGAUUCAAGACUGGUUUUUGGAAACGGAAUGCUGAUUUAAAGAUUGCGACAUGGAAUGUGACAACCUUGUAUAAAACAGGUGCUAGCCAAAAUUUAGCUGAAGUUCUUAACAAAUACAAAAUUAAAGUAGCAGCCAUACAAGAAAUAAGAUGGUUGGGAGUAGGACAACUAACAAUUGGAGAGUACACAAUUUUCUUCUCUGGAAUGGAAUAUACACAUCACUUCGGUAGUGGUUUUGCAGUCCAUAGGACAUUAGUACCAUACAUUAAAGAGUUUAAUCCAAUAUCUGAAAGGAUAUCAAUAUUAACCAUCAACACUAGCCCAAUUAAUAUUUGUAUAGUAAAUGUACAUGCACCUACGGAAGUAAAAGAUGAUAAUGUGAAAGAUGCCUUCUACGACGAACUUACUAAUACAUAUGAGAGCAUUACUGGGAACGUGAUAAAGAUUGUAAUAGGUGACUUCAAAGCAAAAUGCGGACGGGAACCACAAUACUUCUCUUGCAUAGGGAUAGAGAGUUUGCAUAGUAACAGCAAUGACAAUGGUCAGCGAUUGAUAGCGUUUGCAACAUCAAAUGGGUUGACUGUUAGUAGUACUACGUUCCCACACAAAAAUAUUCACAAAGUCACGUGGAGGUCACCGGAUGGCGAAACCUUGAACCAAAUUGACCACGUUCUCAUACAAAAUAGAUACCGUAGUACCAUUUACGAUGUAAGAAGCCAGAGAGGCGCCGAUUGUGACACGGAUCACUACUUAGUGAUUGCAAAACUUAGAUCAAAGUUAAAAAGCCAAUUGAAAUUAAAGCAAGAAAAAAGGAUCAAAAUUAAUCUAGAGUUACUCAAAGAUGAAAUCGUGAGGAAGAAUUAUGAGAACGAAGUCACGAAGAACCUUAAAGAGAAUAAUGCACAAAUGAACAUAGAUCUGGAUUGGGAAAUAGUGAGAAACGCUGUUAACAAAGCAGCGGCCACUAGUAUUGGUGAGCUAAAAAGGUCAAGAAAUACUUGGUAUAAUGAUAUUUGUAGAGUUGCUGUAGACAGACGCAGAAAAUCGAGAAAUGAAUUUAUUAAAAACAACACACAAAUGACUAAAGAAAGUUUCAUACGGGAACGUAAAGCCUGCAAAAGCACCCUUCAAAGGGAAAAAAGGAAAUUUUUUAGCAACAUACUUCAAACAGCAGAGAACGACCAUACACAAGGGAAAACUAGAAACUUUUUUAGAGUCAAUAAACAGUAUAAGCAUUUUAACCCUAUAUGGAAUGCAAUCAGAGACCAAGACGGACAAAUGCUAAUGGAACCAGAAUCAAGAGCUGAGAGAUGGAAAGGUUAUUUUGAAAAUUUACUAAAUGGGAGAAUACCAGAUCAGCCUGUAGCUCAUAUCGAUUAUGAAAGAGCGGAGCCCUAUGUCGAGGAUGUUAGCCUAAAAGAAGUAAAAAGUGUAUUAUUUGGCCUGAAAAAUUGGAAAGCACCGGGUACCGAUAAUAUUCCAGCAGAAGGUGAGGAGCUACAUUUAGUAAUCCACAGACUGUGUCACCUAAUAUGGAUGGAAGAACGUGUACCGGAUAGCUGGAAUGAGGCAAUCAUCAUACCAUUGCAUAAAAAAGGAGACAAGACAAAGUGUGACAAUUAUAGAGGGAUAUCGCUCUUAAACUCCGCGUACAAAGUCUUCUCUAGGAUAUUACUGAAUCGCAUUAUCCCUUAUGCAGAGGAUUGCCUAGGUGAGUACCAAUGUGGUUUUCGGAAAGGUCGUUCAACCACAGAACAAUUAUCCAUAAUAGGUCAAAUAAUUGAAAAGAGAUACGAAUAUCGGCAGAAUAUGUGA